CUGGAACUUGCUCUGUAGACCAGGCUGACCUUGAACUCAGAUCCUACUGCCUCUGCGUGCUGGGGUAAAGGUGUGAGUCACUACUGUAGUCUAGUACAUAUAUUUAACAUGAAAGAGAUGAGGUGCCAUCCCAGUCUUGGGACAUUCUACUUAAAAUGUAACAGAGGAAGGCCUGCAGCUUGGUGGAAAGAAUGCUUGCCUCAUAUGUGUCAGGCCCUGGGUUUGGUUCUGUGGACAUUCUCUCCCACAAAAAAAGGAUGAGUUAAAAGAGAAGCCUGGAAUAGGUAUUGUCAUCGCAGUAAGGCCAGUGUAAACUGCUAAAUGCUGCACUCGUAAAACUGGUCUGGGACUGCCCAGCUCUCAGAACAUAGCCAUACCCUGGACCUGGGCGGUGUGACUCUGGUACAGCUCAUGCCACAGGUGGGAGGUGCUGAGUCCCACACUAGCCCUGCAACAAAACAAAGUUUCUAUAGUCUGGUGCUGUAAAAUUCUAUUAUAUAACUAUUACAUCUGCUGCAUUAGUUCCUUGGGGAGCACUGUUAGACUACUGAGUCAAUCUAAGGAUAUGUGGGGUUUUUUGUUUGUUUGUUUGUUUUUUAAAAUUCUAUUCUCAACCCAAGGAAAUUGAUCAGGACAAAGUCUGUAAUUUUGCUAAGUGAUUUAUGAGAUCUUACAUUUACAUUAUAAAAAGUGAACACCUUUCAGCUGCUUAUUGGGCUCUGGGAUCUGCUUUUGGGGAGUCAUCUUUUGCCCCCAAGUGUUUCUGGGGGACAGCUAUAAGGUGAAAUACCUGAAAAUGGAAGGGCUUAAACGUUGGUUCCGAAAACUGAACAGGGUCAGAUAAAGUUAGGUAAGUUUGUGAAUUGUAUAGCCUUGGCUAGAAAAUGUUUCUCUUGUCCGAGAAAUUAAACAGUAAGAUAAAGACAUGGGGCUGAAAAUGAGGACAAUUACCACGAUAGACUGCAAAGUACACAUCCUGACACAGUAGUUUAAAGCGUGUAGCAGGUGGUGUGUUUGGUUUUUAGAAACAGUGGAGCCUAUUUCUAGCAUUUUCACCAGAUCACUGCCCCGCCUCCCAGGUGUUACUAUGGCAACAAAGCACGCGCUGCCCUGCCUUGAUAAUCCAGCCGUUACCUUCCUGAGCUGGUCAGUUCUUCAAUAACCCGACUCUGAAGCUCAUCCUAGACACUCGGUUCACUGGGUCUGUGCAAGGGGCCGCGUGGGUCACCAUGGCCAAGGGGGCAGCCUCCUCAGCGCUGGAAGACAUGGAUCUGAGCGGAGAGGAGGUGCAGCGACUCACCUCCGCCUUUCAGGACCCAGAGUUCCGCCGAAUGUUCUCCGAGUACGCCGCGGAGAUCACGGACCCUGAGAACCGGAGGCGCUACGAGGAGGAGAUCACUGCACUGGAGCGGGAGCGUGGGGUGGAGGUGCGGUUCGUGCACCCGGAGCCGGGCCACGUGCUGCGUACUAGCCUGGACGGGGAGCACCGCUGCUUCGUGAACGUGUGCAGCAACUCGCUGGUAGGCUCACCCAGCAGCCGACCGGGCCCCGGGCGGGGCGGCACUGCAGCUGGCAGCCACUGGUCCCUGCCCUAUAGCCUGGCCCCGGGCCGCCCGUAUGCUGGCCGCAACGGUGCCCGCUACACCGUCUACGACGUGGUCUUCCACCCCGAAGCGCUGGCGCUGGCCCAGAGCCACGAACGCUUCCGUGAAAUGCUAGACGCCACGGCCCUGGAGGCAGUGGAGCAGCAGUUCGGCGUCAAGCUGGACCGCAGGAACGCCAAGACACUGAAGAUCAAGUACAAGGGGACCCCCGAGGCAGCAGUGCUCCGCACGCCCCUUCCCGGGGGCGUCCCGGCCCAGCCCGAGGAGGAACCGCCAGGGUUUCUCCCGGACCCACCAUACCCAUACCGCUAUCCCCCGGCGGCGGAGAGCACCGCCCGCUCGCCCGCGUCCCCGGCUCCCGAGGCCGUGCAGCGCCCGGAGCCCACCGAGCCGCGCUGCUCCGUGGUGCAGCGCCACCACGUAGACCUCCAGGAUUACCGCUGCUCGCGUGACGCGGCCCCAAGCACCGUGCCGCACGAGCUGGUGGUCACCAUCGAGCUGCCGCUGCUGCGCUCGGCCGAGCGGGCGGAGCUGGAGGUGAAGGGGAAGCUGCUGUGCCUGGACUCCAGAAACCCCGACUACCGGCUGCGGCUCUCGCUGCCGUACCCGGUGGACGACGGCCGCGGCAAGGCACAGUACAACAAGGCGCGGCGGCAGCUGGUAGUCACGCUGCCGGUGGCGCUGGCGGCCGCGCGCCAGGACCUCCCGGCGACACCGGAAGAGCUCACGGACGAGACCGGAACUGACGACAUAGCCUGCACUUCCGCAGGCGAAUUUGCCUCGGCGCGCGUAGAGGCUGCAGAUAGGACCGGAGCUGAGCACGGGGAGGAAAGCUGUGUGGCAACCCCAGACCCCGGGGCUGCAGACGCUGAAGGGGAGCUCGUUCCCGAGCCGGAGCAGGACUUCGGAGGGGACUCGGUGGCACCUCUAGUCCUCGGGGAAAGGACUCCUCCUGGGGCCCGAAGCUUCCCUUACUCUGCUCUCCCGGGCGGCGGCGACGCCGAAUCCCCUGUGGAAAGACUGGGGGUGCGCGGAGACCUCAGUGUCCAGACGAGUGAGCAGCAAGAGGGUACCCGGCACGUCACCUCGUGCUCACCCAUGGGUGGCCCUGGCACCGAGAGCCUCGAACCCUUGUGCCCUCCUUUACAGUGUAAUCAGGACGAAGACUCCUUGACUUUGCUCAUUCAAGUGCCUGGGAUUCAGCCGCAAAGUCUUCACGGGGAUCUACGCCCCCUCAGUUACGAAUUGUGCUUCUCCACACAAGACUCAGGUUAUUCCUUCACUUUGCAGUUUGCUCCAGAGAAUAAGUUGAGUACCAAAGAACCCGAGAUUAGCAUUUCUUUAAAUAAUGCAGUCAUAGUACUGGCAAAAUCUCCAGAGAGCCACGGACAUUGGCGAGAGUGGUAUUGUGGUCUGAACGACGAUUCUUUGGAGGAAAGAUUGUUUAUCAAUGAAGAAAAUGUUAAUGAGUUUCUUGAAGAGGUCCUUUGCUCCCCAUUGAAGCAAGCAAGGACUCUAGCCCCGCCACUGAUUGAGGUUCUUCAGGUUACUGAUGAUCAGAUUCAGAUCCAUGCAAAGUCUCAAGAAUGUAGUGAUCCUGAUGGGCUUCAAGGAAAGGAAAAAGGAGUCAAAGAAGGAUGUCCUCUAAGUGAAAAAGAAAACACUGAACAGUCUACCACCUGUAGAGCUGAUUCUGAUUCAUCUGUAGCAGUUGAAGCAACAAAAAUCAACACUUGUGUUUCAGCUUUAGGCCUUCAACACAGCUGUCCUGAUGUUCCUCACGUGCUGUCUGGAAAACCUCUGCAACCAGAGGCAAAAAUGGAUCCUGAGUUUAUAAGAGAAAGCAGUACUACCUGCUUAUCUGAGGAAAAGGAAAAUAUAAAAGAGCCAGUAAUAACUAAGGAAAAAAACAUAGAUGGAGAUCACCUGUCUUCAUUACUGAACAAAACUGUAAUUCAAAACAUACCUGACUUUGACACUAUAAAAGAGACUAAUACUCAAGAUGGUAGUGUGCAGGUUAUUAGAGAUCACACGACUCAUUGUGCAUUCAGUUUUCAGAAUUCCAUGCUAUAUGAUUUGGACUGAUGUAUAUAAUUUUGAAAUUUAAAUGUUGAGUAAAAAAGUUUGGGACCUAAAA